AUGUCUGGAUUCUAUCGCGAAUGCUAUUGCUCUUUACUCGAUGCGUGCCCUCAACCAGUCACCAGACGAGCCGAAUGGGAGCGACACGGAGCUGCGCUGGAACAGGAUCGCCUGCGCGAGCUGUUCCAAGAUUCCCCAUCUCGAUCUUCAUCCCCAAACCUGGAUGCAGCUGUUCAUGACGAACGAGAGGAACAUUUAGAUGAGAUGGGUGGUGUCGUGGGGGAACACUUGGAUGGAGUCCGUGGUGACCCAGAUGAAACUUUGGAUGAGCAUGAGAUGCAUGUCGACCCAGGGUACGCGGAAGAAAACGAUGAUCUCCAUCAUGCACAAGACGACAACACCAUUGGACGGGCGUGUGUAGUGGCGGUCUUUUUGAGUUUCUUUGACUUUUUGCGCAUGGAGGGGGUGUGGAGGGUGGGCGAUGAGGCGUUUGUGGGGGUAUGGUUGGAAGCUAGGAUCGGCGGGUUGGGUUUUACUGAGCAGUUGAUCGAUGAGGUAAAGGUGUUGGUUAAAUUCUCCUAG